AUUAGCCGCUGAACGGCGCCACCUCUGCGAAAAGCUGCGCGCAGGCGGAGUCAAUCGCUUUUCUUGGCAAGCUUUCAUCUUGCCGUUCAGAAAAUUGCCAGUCUUGUAUCUACAUGUCAGUCCAAGUGGAGGCAGAACACGAUGAGUCUCUCCCUGGUAGUCAGCGGCUGCUCAGUCAUGGAGAGCGUGGAAUUCCACACCAACAACAGAUCGAAGUUAUCGCAGCCGACGAUCUAAUGGCUGAGGCCGUCGAAGAAGUCGGAGAGCUUGCUGCUGGUCGUCAAUAUGUGUACGAAUAUGACAGUAUGGUUCACACACAACAUGACCAAAAUAUAAUUUAUCAGCUGUAUCAACCUUUGGAGACCAAUAAUGGGACUUUCAUCUGUCGAAUCUGCUUGGAGUUAGGAGAAACUGUUGAGUUCAUGAACAAAGCGUCGUAUACUCAUCAUCGGUACAAAAUUCAUGGCUCUUACAACAAUAACCACGUUUGUCCUGUACUUCAUUGUCGAGAGAUAUAUGCUUCAAUGAGUAUUCUAAGGAAGCAUCUUCUCGUAGAUCACAAAUUGCCAGUUGAAAUGCAUCAUCGAACGUUUUCCAGCAUUGCCGACUUCGAGCGUUUUCGUCAUCUAGUGGAGUCCAUUUGCAACUGCACAUUUAUGUUACAUACAAAGCAACCGCACAACAAGCGACAGAUCAUGCAUUGCUCUAGAAGUGAACACAAACUUAUACUUCAGUCAAGAAGGCACAAGCUGCCCUCGGUUCGGAUGAUGAAGGAGGGAGCUUGGUGUCCAGCUCAGAUCUCUUUCAAAAUCGAUUCCAAGAGCGGUAAAGUGGACGCUUUCUACCAGCUGUUUCACUAUGGCCAUGCGAAGGAGUACCGUGAACUUCACGAGGUCAUGGAUAAUGCUGAUGUCUUGACGCCUUCCGGUCUUAUCGACGUUGUAUUCCCAGAGAUGCCGGGUUGCCCAGCGGACAGACCAAUGCAGUAUCUUCAGAUUGACUUGAUAACUGCUGAUAGCUGCGUGUAUUUAAAUGUAGUUUAUUCACACAUACUGAUAAUCACCGAUGUGAAAACUGGAUACUUAUUUUGCAAACCAAUACCUGAGAUUGGGAUGCGCCAGCUUCUCAUCAGAAUCUUGACCGACAUUUUUCUACAAUUUGGUGUACCAGAAGGAUUCAGCUGUAGUCACUCAGUCACUCUGAUACGUGAAGUCAUGAAUGCUAUCGCUGGCGUAUUUCGGGUAACGAUGAAGGAAAUCUUGUACGAUAGAGCUACAUCACCUUGCUUGGCUUCGGACUAUGACGCUUUAUUGCGUGCGUUGUACGAGCAAGCCAUGUUCGAAUUGCAAAGUAAACAUCGAUGGGUUGAAAUGGUGCAGUUUACCACUAUGGUAUUGAACCAGUCUGGAAAAAAGUCGGCAUUCGAGCGCAUGUUUAAUCGAAAACCGUACAACCUCCAUGAUCACAAGAUUGCGCCAUGGCUAAUGGGUGAAGAGUUGUCUCUGGGCGAUGACGACACGCAUAUCGAUGUCGAAUACGUUGAGCAAGCUGACGAAAGUGCUGAAAGUAUCAGCGAUGAGCAGUUUGUUGCUGACGCACCUCGCUAUCAAGUCGGAGAUAAAGUCUAUUUACGCAAUUUCGACACCGUGCCAAGCCGAGGAAAUACACUGCCGUAUCUCUACGGGUACAUUGGAGGUGUUGACUGGGAAAGUAGCCCACAUUUCCCAUAUCGCGUACAUUUUUCGAAAAGUAAGGAUCCAUGGCCAAAUGAAAACUCAGUGAGCGCAUGGGUCAAUCCUUACGAUCUGCUGCCAAUCACGCAUGGAUUACUUGUCUUGCCUGAUGAAGAACGAGCCCAAGCGGCAACAUCCUUAUUAUGUUCUUGUGGUGGUGGGCCAUUUGGUACUCCUUGCACUUUGUUCCGAAGUUAUUUGUGCGCAAAUGGCAUGGCUAAGGCUUGCUGCAUGAGCAGCGGCAAGACUUGCGACUAUCAUGAAGAAUGUGCUGAUGGAGACGAUACUUACACGCGUAUGGAAUCUCUUACAAAAAUGUUCACGGAGAACCAGCCAAGGAGCAAAAUGCGGCGCAGAAUACCACAUCUUAUCCCCGCAGAUACACCCGUACCAGGAGAACAGGACAACGUUGUUGAAAUGCCGAUGCUGACCAGCGAAAGUAAUGUUAGAUCGAAAAAGAGGAAGACUGAACAGAAUUUGAUGGAUGCGCUUCCGGAAGUGUCAACUAUAGUUGUUGAAAAUGAGGAUCGAACACUUGUUCCCGCUUUGUCGAGAAAAGGCUAUGACCCGGAAAAGAUCCACGGCACCUCAGAAAUGAUGAGAGGUGACCUCAACGCUUCUACAUCGACUGACAGCUCAGCUUUCGCCAAAAGAUCAAGAAGAGAUAGUGUGAGGAAUUUGGCUGGAACUGAAAGCAAGUCUAGUAAUGUUGUAGAAAAAACCAUCGGCAUUGAAUCUCAAGAAGAAGAAGUGGCACCACGUGUACGAAGGUUCUGGAAGAGUUCUGUAUCUAGAGUUACAUUCGGUUUGGUUAUUCCGAACUGGGGAAGGUUGAGGAGCAAAGUCCUGAGGGCAAAUGAGGAGCGUUACGACCAACCACCGGAUAGUGCUUGCACAUUUGUGACAAACUCACUAAUCCUAGAGGGAAAAGUCAAUGUUCUUUCCGAAAAGGAGACUGCCGAUUUUUUGAUUUCUAUCACUCCUGACAAAGAUAGAAGAGACCAAGUUGCCAAUGGUUUACUAUUCUACCUACUCACAGAUGGAGUAAAUUUUCACAAGUAUUUUCGGUGCCUAUCUGUAAUAGCAAACGAUCAGUGGUAUGCUGCUUUGUGCAAUGUAAAUAUGAUUCUGAUAGAGUUAUGGCCCAAACUGCAAGAAUCGUGUCGAGAACUAAUGCUGCAGUUCUUUCGAGAGGCUGUGAAACUCAAUGUUCCUAAGAUUGAAAAUGUUAUAAUGAAUCUGGUUCGCUGUCUCAACAGCAGUGUCGAAUGGAAUCUCAAAUUGCGACAUGCUCUUGUAAUUGCCACACUUCUCAAUGAAAAUGAGCAAUGGAUCAUGGGUCUGAAGCCGGGGACAUUCAUGCUCUUGAACAUCAUAACUAUAUUUGGGCAUUUGAUAAUUGACAUACCUCCUGGUAGUCCCUUUGAGAAUGUUCGAAUGGCUAUGAUUCAAAGCCUCGUCUUCAUAAUAAGGAAUCGUUUCCAAGACGUUUGCUUACUUGGCCGCGAUCUGCUUCUUGUGCUGAUGCGACUUGCUAAAAUUCCGCAGAUCAACGCUAUCUGGGUAGACCUCAUCACAACUCCAUCUAAAUUUGGACUCACUGACGGGUUGGAGGAGUUGUUUCGUUCUAAUGCGAACUUCUACCCUGUUAGGUUAGCCGCUGAGAUGGCGAAAAAGAUUGAGUUUAUCAUUUGCCAGUGCAAACCGAAUGCUCAGGACAAACAUUUUGAGUGGUUCUCAAAUUCGUUUUUCCGUGGUCCUGAUGGGGCCAGCCUGCGCGCCGAAACCAUACGCUAUGUUCAAUAUUUCUUCAAGCCUGAUAUGCCUGCACAUGUUCUUGAAGCUCGUGGUCAUUUUCUUUAUUACCUACUUACGAGUAUCCCUCCCAACUCUGAUGUCGAACAACAGUGGUGCAAGACUGUAGUUUGGUUUGACUGGCUAACAUAUGAUCCGCACACAUCUGUGCAGUUUAUCGAGCCUGUUAUGAGCAUGAUUCGAAUAGCAUUGGCCAACUUACCGUCAAAGGCCACUGCCAUGCUGGAGUACGUCUGCAAGAGCAUCUCGCUUAUUUACCCUGCUCGUACCGAACUGUUCAAGAAAGCUGCCAAUGAUGCUAUGCAAGCUGUUCAUGAGUAUUAUCAGGGUGGUCUGCCUGCACUUCUCGACAAUCCCCGCAUCGAGCGCAGCAUUCGAGAACUAGUACGCGAGACGUUCUUAGACUAUUUUGCGCGAAAUACUGCUGCUCCACCACCGCUGAUCCCACCUCCACUUUCGGCACCUCAGCUGACUGCACCUCCACAGCAACCGCCAGUGACAAGGCCUCAGUCACUUCCCGCAACUACCACAGCGCCAACUAAUUCCAACCACACGACUAGCAGCAGAGAGCGGGGUCGAUCUAAGGACAAGGAGAAAAAUAAGGAAAACGAAAAAGAUGAUAAGGAGCGGGUCAAGCAGAACAAGACACCUAGUCCACCGAAUGGCACCGUUAUCUCGCCAAAAGUCGAUGAGGCGAAAAAGAAGGAGCGAACAAAGGAAAUCGACGAGCUUGUGGAGCAGUUGCGAGACGAUUUCAAAACCACGAUGGUAGCAUUGAGAGAAACUUAUCGUGACACCGAAGACGAUAGCGAAAGGGGAGAGGCCGUGCAACGGCUGCUCCAGAAACUUUUGGAGAACGAGGACUCUAUUGACGAUGAGCAACUCGAACUUGUAGCGCACUGCGUCCAGUUGCUGAUGGGUAGUCCCGUUGAUGGUAGCCGUUCCCUUCUUCCUGAUCCAAUUACGGAAGAUGCUUUGGCGGAUUCCUUUGGGCAUCCUUUGUUCAUUAUUUUCCGGAAUCUUUGCUAUACACCUGACACAGAUGCUACGACGAGGUCGUUGAUGGUGAAUAUGAUUGCAACAAUGCGUGAUUACGAUAAUACGGUCACUUACCUCAUGUUAUUUUUCAUCAAGGCGAAUGACGGACUAAGUAGUGAGUGUAUAUCAUGCUACCGUGAUGUAGCACGUGCAAGAGAAGAGGACAUUGAGACGUUACUAACAGCGGACUUGCAGCAAUGUGCAAUUGAUGAUGACCGAUUGUUCGCGUUCCUUGUGCCAUAUGUGUUCCAGAAACUUGACGUAGAAGCUGGUGCUAGUCCCUCUGUGUUCAAUGUUGUAUGUUCGCAUAUCGAUGCUAGGCAGAUCAUGCAGUUAAUCGGAGAGAUUGUUAGGGAAAAUGUGACUCUGUUUCGAAAGGACUCCUUUGCUCAAAUUGUCGCAGCUUCCCUGGAUUGGCCUACUACUGCUCAAUGGGCUUUUUGGCAUUUGGUACAUGCCGAAGGAAUUCCGGGCGAGUGGUUGAUUCAGCUUCUUCCUAAGUUGAAGUCAUCACAGCAUGCGGAAGCCGCAGCCAAUGUGCUUCUAAUGUUGAAGCGAGCAGAUCGAGAUCCCAAUAUGAACAUGCUGCGAGCGCUUUUCUCGCGAGCUCCGUCUGCAGAUGAUACAUUUACCGUCGACUGUAUCAAGAUUCUUAUCGAAGAUCCGUCUACAUGCAAACGAGUAUCUGAUAAUGUGGGAAACUUGCUGAAAAAGCAAAUGGCUGCUGGCGAUCUGCACAUGGGUGGGAGCAGCAAAGGCUCAUCGAAGAAAAGUCCGCAAAAACUGUCGAUGGAACAGGUGCUUGCACACUUGGAACAGUUCACUCAAUUAUGCCUCAUGAAAGAAAAGAAAAUAGCUGAGCAGAUCUUCUCUAACGCAACAGUGCUAGAGGCAUUUGGAGAAGCUGAGAAAAAUGACAAAGUUGCGCCACUUCGUUCGAAGUUUGCCCAGCUUUUCGCCGUGGUUAAUAUCCUUCGAGAUGAAUCUCGAGACAAAGAACAGUCGUCACGCACGUUACGUGGAAACCGAGGCAGUGGUGCUUCAACUUCAGUCAGCAAGGGCAAUCGACAUAAGGAUGAAGACAAGGAUGAAGAUCAUGUUCCAAAGAAGAAACCACGUCGAGUGAUCACAAUCGGCUCAUCGUCGUCUUCUUCAUCCGAAGACAGUGAAUGACGUCAGAGUCCGCCGCGUACGCACCCGGCCGAAUCGGCAUCCCCGCAGAUAGUCAAUGUUCGGCUGGCCACACCCGGAGGCACUCGAUCGCCACCUCGUGGCGCUGUCACGAGCAGAACACGCUCUCCCGCUCUCACGCUAUGAGCUGCCGCCGCGGUCCUCGAUCGCACUGCUCGCUCUCCUCCUCAUCUCUCUCACCUCGAUCUCAGCUGCAUUGUUUUGCCUUACUCGUACGUGUUAAAGCAUCUUCAUCAUCAUGUACGAAUAGUUUUCUGCUGCGAGAGCGCUGCUGCAAAUUCCCCUCCCCAGAGCAUGAAUUCGUUCAAAUCAGAUCCUAGG